GCUGAAGAAGAUAACGAAAAUUUCUUAACUUCUUACUGUGGACAACAACAUUCCCCUUAUUUUUCAGUGAACUGAUCUCAGAGAGACUCUCAUUCUGUAAAGAAAUAUAAGCGAUUUAGGAACAAUUUGUGAAUCGAGAGCGGAGGAGAGGAAAUUAUGUCUAGUAACAGUGUGUUCCAGGCACCCAUUCAUAGCUACUUACAACUUCCGGCCACGAAACUUGCAUCAAAAAUUCGCCGAUUAGAAAUUGGUGUUGAGGAACUUUUGCAAGUAUUCAUUGACAGGAUAAAUGCAGUCAAUGGUAGCAUCAAUGCAGUGGUCGCUAAUCGUUUCUCAGAGGCUUUGGCUGAGGCGAGAGAGGUCGACGAGGAACUUCAUAAGAUGACUCAAAUUCAGAGAGACGAACUGGAGAACGAGAAACCUCUCCUGGGUGUGCCAUUUACCGCUAAAGAAGCUUUUGCGGUCAGAGGCUUGCCUAAUAGUGGUGGUCUCGUGGCUCGUAAAGACUGCAUAGCCGAAGAAGAUGCAGUUGUUGUGGGUCGUUUACGACAGGCUGGUGCUAUCCCGAUAGCUAUUUCUAACUGCAGUGAAUUAUGCAUGUGGUGGGAGUCAGCAAAUCGGGUUUAUGGAAGGACUAGCAAUCCAUUUAACAGGUCCAAAAUAGUUGGGGGUAGCUCUGGAGGAGAGGGCGCUAUCAUUGGAGCAGCUGGAUCAGUAUUCGGCGUAGGAUCAGACAUUGGUGGCAGUAUAAGAAUGCCGUCCUUUUUCACUGGAAUAUUUGGACACAAGCCUAGUCCAGACAUUAUACCCAAUGCUGGUCAGUUUCCUGAUGCAUCAGGUAACAGACAGCAGUUCUUGUGCACAGGGCCUAUGUGCCGAUAUGCAGAGGACCUCAAACCUCUUCUAACGGUUAUGGCGGGAGAUCAAGGAGCAUCAAAAUUGAAUCUUGCAAGGGAUGUAGAUGUUACAAAGCUGAGAUAUUUUAGCAUUGAGGAUUGUGGAGGACACUUUUUGAUAUCAAAUGUUGAUCCUGAACUAAAGCAGGCCCAGCAAUAUGUCUGUCAACAGCUUGAGGAAAAACUUGGUGUGGAAGUAGUGAAACUUAAAAUUGAAAAACUUUCAAACUCCCUUGAGAUUUGGUCAUCGAUGAUGUCUUCUGGAGCACAAAAGUCAUUUUGUUAUUACAUGGGUAACCAAGUGUCAGAAGUUAAUCCCUUCUGGGAACUUUUGAAAGCUUGUAUUGGACUCUCUAAUCACACACUUCCUGCAAUUGGUUUGGGCAUGCUGGAAAAAUUUGAAAGUUUAACACCUAAAAGGGUAUCAGAGUCUUUCAUUCAAAUGGCUGAGGAGCUAAGACUGGAACUUGAAGGUAUUCUAGGGGAAGAUGGAGUCUUAAUCUAUCCCUCUCACCCAUCAGUGGCUGUCAACCAUUGCAUUCCCUUGUUAUUUCCUUUUAAUUUCUCAUACACAGCUAUUUUUAAUGUUCUUUAUUUCCCUGUAACUCAGUGUCCUGUUGGGCUGGGAAAGGCAGGUUUACCUCUUGGAAUUCAGGUGGCAGCAGCAAAGGAUAAUGACUGUCUAACCAUUGGUGUUGCCAUGGAGAUUGAGAGGCUAUGUGGUGGUUGGGAUGGGUUGUUUAAACAAAAACAAUCUGGUCUGAACAUUGAUCAAUAAAAAACAACAUUUUACUCUGAAUGAAGUUUGCAUUAGAAACAAAAUACACCAUAUUUUUGACACUAUAAUAAAUCAACAUAUUUUAAUAAAAUUUGUAGUAUACCCAAAAGCACAAGAUUAUACUACUUAUUGUAAACUAAAAGUUGUGAAAUAAGCUACCUGUAUUUUAGAAGAAAAUCCUAUCUUUCUUUUUCUUUUUUAAUUUACAUUUUAGAAAUGUUUAAUUUAGAGUGAAAUGUAAUUCAGGAUUUCACUAUAUUUUAUGGUUAGUUUAAUGACCUCUUGCCAUGUCAGUCAGUGAGAUACAAA